GUUGGGAUUGUCUUGGUUCAGCACUGUCUUCGUGAGAAAACAACUGCCUGCCGUCCCUGCUAUUGGCUAGCCACCGCAGAUGGGACCUCAGCAGGAUCAAGGUCAACCGUGCCGCAGAGGGUGCUUUCCGCGGCGAGCCCCGAGGAGUGCGGGGCAGGUAUGCGUGGUAGUCCUGGUUGUGUGCUUCACCAGAUGUUUAGCUUUCCUUGCAGCUCAGAGUAGGAGCUUGACAGCCGUGCGGCCGCUGACAGCCCAGGCGCGGCCGCGGACCUCGUCCGCUGCCGCGCCCAGCCCCGAGACCAGCUCGACGGGCGAGGGCGGCGAGCCGAGCGAGAUGGAGGAGGACGCGCGGCAACGUGUGUCGGCGGAGCGCGUGGCUGCCCUGAAAGAUGCGAUCAACGAGGGUGAUCUUGGCAAGAUCCUUGAAGCUCUUGGAAUACCAAUUUGGCUCCUCCCCGCGAUCGAGGUGGUGAUUGGCGUUUUGGAGCUUGGUCUCAUCUACGCGGGCAUCAAGCUGCUUCCUCCGGAGACAUUUGGAUUUCUGCCCGAGGGAGUUCGGUGCCGCUCUUGGAGACAAGUGCAACCUCCAAAAUCAAACAUUGCAGUUGUUGACAACUUGGUUUGAAGGCGCCCACUGAAUGCUUUCUCAAUAGCAGGUCUUUAUUGCAGAUUGGAGUGACGGAUGCUUAAUCGGUUUCAUUAUUGUAAUUGUUGCUGAAAACAGACUUUUCACCUGCUCUUGGUUGGUGAGCAGUCUGUCACAGUGGAAGCUGGAGAAAUGCGAUGACAUUGAUUGAUAGCAGCGACUUCACUAGUGUUGAAACAUCGUGUGGCUGU